GUAUGCUCGCUGGGAGAGCGGAGAGGAGGCGGAGUGCAGUUAGCUCCCGAAGUAGUUGGUAGCGGCUUGUUCGUUUGGGAAAAGCCCCAGAGCCAGACGGAAGCCCCCGGUUUGCAAAGCGAGGAGAGAGAGAAGCCAGGAUCGUUCGCAAUCGGAGGUGUGUUGGAGAUGACCCCUCGGGCCCCUCUCGGUGCCAUUCUGGGCUCCUGGGGGCUCUUCUUCCUCUUUGUUGCCCCCCUCUCCUGCCACCUGUGCCCAAGCCCUUGUGAGUGCUCGGAACCAGCCCGCACCGUCAAGUGUGUCCAGAAGGAGCUGACUUCCAUCCCAGCUGGCAUUCCUGGGUAUACCCGCAACCUCUUCAUAACUGGCAACCGGAUCGCCUGCAUCGGCAGCCAGGACCUCCAAGGGCUCCCCAAUCUGGUCACACUCUCACUGGCCAACAACAGGAUUAACACCAUCGAGUCCCAGGCCUUCUCUACUCUCCAGAACCUGCGUUACUUGGACCUGAGUCAUAAUCUUUUGGCCACCAUCCAUUCCAAUGCUUUCAAUGCUAGGAACAACUCCAUCUGGGAGCUGAACCUAAGUCACUCACUGUACAACUCCUCUGCCAUCCGCCCUGUGGCGGCUGCCUUGGCCCAAGGGGGCUUCCAGAAGCUCUCCAGGUUGGAGCUCCCCAGCAAUGAGAUUGUCUACUUGCCCCGGGGCAUGCUCUCCAGCCUCUCUAAGCUUGAGCAUUUAGACUUGAGGAAUAACUCCUUAGUGGACAUCAAGAACUCCACCUUUGCUGGCCUUGACCUUAAGUACCUUGAUUUGACCUUGAAUGCCUUCAAGACCCUGAGGAGUGAAGCGUUGUCUGUCCUCGGGAGGCAGCCGCACCUCCGCCUCUUCCUGAAGGACAAUCCCUUUGUAUGCAACUGUGACAUUGAAGACUUGGUGAGCUGGCUGAACCGGAGCCAGCGGGUGGUGGAUGUGGAGAAGCUUGCUUGUGUCUUCCCUCAGGAACUGAAGAAUACUUCCCUCGUGGUACUGGCCAAGGUGGACCUGGAGUGCCCCUCUAGCCAGCUUGGCGAAAAUGUUCUCCAGACCUCUUACGCUGCCUUAGGUGUGGUCCUAGGAAUCAUUGGUGUCAUCUUCCUGUUUGUGCUUUAUCUGAAUCGUAAGGGCAUCAAGACGUGGAUGAACAGCAUGAGGGAUACCUGCCAGAGUCUGAUGGAGGAGUAUCAGUAUCGCUAUGAAAUAGACUCUGAUCACCAUAUCACGCAGGUCUCGGCACUGGACGUAUAAUGCCAUUGAUCUCUUUUGAAGGCUUCCCAAGGUUUCUUUGCUAUUUCUGUCAGGGACUCUAAGCUGGUAUCAUCCAUCUUCUUUUGGGAGAUGCCAUUUGGAGAUGCCUUCUCCGCCGUUUUAAAAACCAAGCCCGUUAAGAGUGGAGUACUGAAAAACGAAGACAACUAAGAAGGAUGGACUUAUGCAACAAACUCUGGGUGUGAUCUCAAGGAACCUUCUUUUAUAUUCAUAUAAACAUUCUGUAAGAGGUUUGACUAAUUUGAAACUCAACUGGAAAAGUAUUUUGCAGUUCUAAGAGCCAGCUCUGCAAAGGCUGAAAAAAACCUCUACAAUUUGGAUGUGUGUGUUUAGGUUCCUAGAAGGCCAGGAGUCUGGAGUUUUGUCCUGUCUAGUCUUAAAAAUGUGGGCGUCUACUUUGUCCUGUUUCAACUGGACCAAUGAUCUGUGUUGCUCAUUUAGCAAUUGGUCCCUGGAAUGGUGUGGCGCUUAUGUCGGGGAAAUAAUGUUGCUCUUCUUAUAGGACCUCUCUAGGUGACUGAACCGCUUCAGAAUACAAGUGGGGGUACACCAUGAUGGAAUGUUAACUCUAGGCCCAAACUCCCCUGCAUAUUGAGAAUAAGCAUGUUUGAAGGAAAACUAGUUUAGAAUCAUAGUGCUGGAAAGGACCUUCGAGGCCAUUUUGCUCAAUGCAAGACGCAGCUGGAGCAUCCCUGACAGAUGGUUGCUCAACCUCUGCUUAAAUACCUUGACUGAAGGAGAGCCCAUCACUGCCUAAGAAAAAUCUGUUCUAUUGCUAAACAGCUCUUCCUGUUAGGAAGUUUCACAUACAUGUUUUGCUGAAAUCUGCUUCCUUGCCAUUUUCACCCAUUGUUUCUACCUGGCGAGCUAGUUUUCUACAUGCAGUGAAUUUUUGACAGCAUUAAAUCUUGCCCUUCUCCUCUGGCCCUCCACUUUCAUUCUCAAAUGAUACAGUUACAGGAGGACUCUUCCGCAUUAUUCUUCGGAGCCUAUAGAUCAGCCUGUGACAAAUUCUCAAGCUUUUAUUCAAAGUGCACUGGUUAAUGUGGGGGUAGCCAAUGUGGUGCCCUCCAGAUGUUGUUGGAUCACAGCGUCCAUCAUUCCUGACUACUGGCCCUGCUUACUGGGGCCGAUGGGAUAUUUAGUCCCACCCUAUCUAGUGGGCACCAUGUUGGUUACCUCUGGAUUAACUGAUCAGUAUACAGUAGGGCCCCGCUUCCCGGUGCUUCGCUUCCUGGCAUUUUUGCGGCAUUUUUGCGCGAUGUGCCCCAUUUAAUCCAUGGGGUUCCGCUUUACGGCGAUUUCUGCUUUACAGCGGGGGUCUGGAACGGAACCUGCCGUAUAACCGGGGCCCGCCUGUAAAUGAGUUAUUAGGUCCUUCCUUGAUAACCAGGAAAUGGUGGGUCUGUUGCUGUCCUUUGUGGUGUCAGCAGUGUGCUCAUCAGAAAUAAAGAGGGGUUGUAAACUGGGUAGCACUGGCAAACUCCACAACAAUGCUGUGUAGGCGGAAGUAUUUCAUUUCCUGCACUGGCCCAUGUAGAUGGGGAUGGAUGUCCCUGGAAGUCAUCUAGUCCAACCAUCUGCUCAAUGUGCACAGUCCCCAGUACAGACUGCAUCCAUAGCCUCUCUGACGGCUGACCAUCCAGCAAAGGAGAGCUCUCUCUCUAUAUUCCACUGGUUGAACAGCACUUGCUGUCAAGAAGUUCCUCCAAAACCCGUUUCCCUGCAAUUUCUACCUGUUGCCUCUAGUCCUGCCCUCGAGAGCAGCCUUCCCUGAACCUGUUAGGUCCAGCUAUUUUGGACUCCACCUCCCAUCAGCCUCAGGCAGUGCAGCUGGGUUGGGGAAGUCUGCUCUAGAGCAAUGGCAGACAAGUUUGCUCCAUCUUCUGCAUGUGAGCCCUUCAGGCAUUUGCAUGGGAAAUUCCUGAAUGAGGGUGUUGAUCAGCCUCCUGUCCUGGGCCAGAGAUGUUCAACUUCUUCGUUGGCAGAGGCUGGAUCUUUGCCAAAAUGCUUUGGAGCUGAUUCUUGUGCCUGCUGGCUGCCUGCACCGUUGGAAUGCCCUCUUACUGUCUUACGAGGGAGAUGCUCUGGAGAUCUCGUGCCGUUUCCUGCAGGGUGCCUUUCCAGCUCAGAGAUACCACCUGCCACAUUGCAAAGCACAGUGCAAGGUGCUACUUCUGACAUGGCAGGUGCCACCACUGCCUGAGAGAAGACAGCCCGCCCCCAAAGGCCUCUUCGGUACCGCCUUCCACAUUUCAUGCCAGAAGCGUCAGCAGGCCAGUCCUGUUCCAUGAGCAAAGAAGCAGUGUCUGCCAACUACUAAUGAAAUAAAUAAAUCCGGAAGUUGGGGGCUGGAUAUGGCUCACACUCUGCUAGUUGGCUGUCCGUAUUGCAGGACACCUUUCCAUGCUGCUGAUCCCUCCUGUUGCAGUGGCCUCUUGGGUUGCUGAUGUUGCUUGAUCAGCACAUGUUACUCCAUGCAGCACCACCAGCCAGGUGACUGUUUUGUGUCUAGAGCAGGAGUGGGAAACCUCAGGGUUUUUUUUGGAGGGGGGGAAAUCCAGCCCUCCAGGCCUCUGUUUUAGCCUCGGGAUUCUUCCCUGGGCCACACCCCCUCUCCUUAGGCCAUACCCCUCACCAGCUCCAGUUCAUACCCUCCAUGAGUGUUUUAGCCUGGCUGAAAGGUGUCCAUGAACUCUGAUAAUGCCUCUUGGGUGCCUGGAUGGAGGAUAGAGAGGAAUAUGUGCGUGUGUGUAGAAACUAACCAACUGUACAAAAGUGAAAUUUACAUUUGCUGCUCUGCCCACUUUUGUCUCUGGCCUCGCCCACUACUGGUAUCUGGCCCCUGGAAAGCUGCUCAGAAGGGAAUGAGGCCCUUGGUCUGGAAAAAAAAAUUCCUGCACCCUUGGACUAGAAGCUUUGCGUUGUAUCCAACUAAGUCCUACUCAGAGUAGACCCGUUGAAGUGAAUGAAUGUAAGUUAGAUAUGUGUAUUAACUUCAAUGGGUCUUCUCUGCAUAGGUGUAACAUUAGAUACCACCCUUUUAAUGCACCAUGGUUCCAACCUGAUGUCAACAACUUUAAAAGACUAGUGAACUCACAACUUUGAUUGAUGGAAGGUUGAUCCAAGGGGGAGCCUUCUCCAUGAGAGAUGGUGCAAGGAAAACCUUUGCCAUCCCGUAGCUCAGAUCACCCUCUGUUGGAUUUUGAGGUUUACUGUCCUUAAGUAGCUUUGAGGACUGUGAGCUGAAAGACUGCGAUAUGAACACAUCCCAAGCUCUUCCUUCUCAUGCAAGAGGGAUGAAGGGAUAAAUGUCUGUAUGUGCAAGUGCCUCUUGGGUGUGGUUAAGACUGCACUCCUACACACUUAUCUGGGAGUAAGUCCCAUUGAAUUCAGUGGGACUUACUUUUUGAAUAGACAUGUCUAGGAUUGCAUUGCAAGAGACUUUUAAGAUGUUUGAAGACUGAAACUGGGGGGGGUGUUUGCUGUUUAUCUUGUUUCAGAAUGCUCAUUUGUGCCUAGUGAAUAAAUUAGUUAAGGAGAUGAAGUCAGGGCUUUGCCGAAUGCAUCCACUGAGAAACAACUCUGAUGUCAAUAAAGCAAGCAAAUAUGGUAAAA